AUGGAGAGAAUUGACGACGUUGUGGAUCGCGCAAGACAGGCGCUGGAGGGAGUGUCUGAAGACGACGAAGAUCGAUGGAGGACUCUGGCAGAGUUCGGAGGUCUGCUCGACUGGGCAUGGAGCCAGACCAAGUCCAUGCAAUAUCUUGAGGAAGCUAUCGGGGUCUCUGAGGCUGUGGUGAAGGUCACGGCGGACAAGGGCCUGAUCAUGAACCAGGCAGACUUCCUCGCCACUUUGCACUCCCUCUGGCUGGAGAAGUAUCACGAAACUCACGAAAUCAUGGAUCUGGACAAAAGCAUCCAGGCUGCCCGGAAAGCUGCAGAUUUAACGCCGGAAGAUGACGAAUACAAGGCCAGCCGACUUAGUGAAUUCUCACAUCGGAUUCAUACAAGAUACAAGCGCUUGGGCCGGUUGUCGGACUUACAGGAAGCGAUUCAGGCCGCGGACCAGGCUAUAGAAGCUUCCCCGGGCAUACAGAAUGAAGCUACACGCGCUGGAUGGCGAAGUAACCUUGCGUUCCUAGUUACAGCAAGAUUUCGACAUACUGGCGAGUCCAAAGACUUGGAACAUGGGAUCCGCUAUGCCAGAGAGGCGGUCGAAGCCACACCCGCCGACCACCGCGAGAGAUCGAAUAGGCUGAACAACCUUGGGCACGUUUUAUACUCUACAUACAUCUACAAGGACAUGCCCCAAUAUUUGGAAGAGGCUAUUAACUUGGCCAAAGAUGCCAUUGACGCAUUUCCCGCAGCUGUGCCUCCGGACCAUCCUAGCCGACUUGAUCGGCGGUUUAACCUAGCUGUACGUCUCGGAGCUAGAUACUCGCUGACAGCUUCGAAUGACGACAUAGAUGAGGCAACACGAAUAACCCAAGAGGUACUGUCUUUGACUCCGCACGGAAGCCUGGAGUUUCCCACCCGUCUUGACCUCCUUGGGAGCCUGCUAGAAGACCGGUACAAAAGCACUCUCAAAAGGGAGUACCUGAACGAGGCAAUUGAUAUCGCCAUGAAGGGUCUCGAGGUAACCUCAAACGACAGUCUCGACCAGGCUACGUUCCUGAGGAACCUUACCUUUCGUUUUGGCGAGAAGUUUCUGUUCUCAAAUUCGCUAGAUGACCUGGAGUUGGCCAUCCAUGCGGCGAGGAAGGCCCUUGAGAUCAUUCCCCGAGACGUACCAGAGCGACUAAGUGUAUUGAGCAAUCUCGGAGCUUUACUCGGAAAGCGUUACUCUCAGACUCUGGACGCAGGUGGAUUAGACGAAGCCAUUGGAUUUGCCAGAGAAGCUCAAGAUGCAUUCGCGGGGCCACACAUCCGCAUCAACGACAGGAUUUCCCGCAUCAUUGUCCUUCACGACCUUCUUUAUAAGAAGUACUCGCGCAGUGGAGCGAUAUCUGACCUGGAAACUGUUAUUCUUGCGGCAAAGGAGGCUGUCAACAUUACACCGCAAGACCACGAACAGCGUCCAGAACUCCUGGAUACUCUUAGUCAUCAUCUUGACCACAAAUAUUUCUACACCAGGACUAUCGAUGAUCUACACGGAUGUAUUCAAUUCACAAGAGAAGCUCUUGCUAAGACCUCGGAAUCUAGCCCACAUUGGGCAGCACGCUGCCAUAACUUGGGCCUCCGACUAGGCGAGAACUACUCCGUCAUCGGGAAGCGAGUCGCAUCGGACCUGCGUGAAGCAAUUCAGAUGAGCCGAAACGCUGUCAAAGCAACUCACGAGAAACAUACUAUGCGUCCAGACUACCUGAAUGGCCUCAGCCUAAACCUCGGACGACAAUAUUAUGAAAAUGGCCAGAAGGCGGAUCUUGACGAAGCCAUCAAGUAUGCGAGAGAAACCAUGAAGGUUGCACCAUCAGAUCAUCCAGACCACGGUUAUUUUCUCAUCAAUCUAAGCAAUCGCAUCGGUGACAGAUUCACUCACACUGGCGACGAAGAUGAUUUGACGGAGUCUACUCAACUUGCCCAGGAGGCCUUGGAGGUUACUGCACAACACGGUCCUCGGCUAUCAAUCAGGAUGAACAACUUGGGACUCCGUCUGAGAGACAGAUACUUGAGGACUGGCGAAAUGGAAGAUCUUGACAAGUCCAUUCUGCUAGCAAGGAAGGCGACACAAGCUACUUCUACGGACACGAAGACACCGGAACGCAUCGACCAGCUGUUUAAUCUAGCAAUCCGACUUGGCGAUAGAUAUCAGCGAACAGGAGAAGAAAAGGACUUGAAAGAAGCUAUUGGACUUGCUAAAGAAGCCGUUAAAUCUACGCCUGAAGGCCACCCAGCUCAGGGUACUCGUCUCAAUGCGCUAGCAAGUCUACUGGGCGACCAGUAUGCCCGUUCUCAUGUACUAUCACAUUUGGACGACUCCAUCGCAUUCGCAAGGAAGGCCACGCUAGUGGGCACGCAAGACCACUUUGUUAGACAUGCGGAGUAUUUGAACAACCUUGGAAACCGGCUUUCUGACAGAUACUCUCAUGCCGGGGCGCUAGAUGAUCUCGAAGAGGCUAUCAAGUUCCAUGAUGAGGCGGUCAAAACGGUGCCUCCUACCCAUCCCGACAGAGCAGACUAUUUAAACAACUUGGGAAAUGCUCUGAGUGAUAGAUAUGAGCGCAAAAGGGGAAUAGUCGAUCUUGACAGAGCUAUCAUUGUAUCCCAAGAAGCUUUGGCAGCACUGGUUCCACAAAAUAACCCCAAUCAAGGACCAAUCUUGAGCACCAUUGGAAACAGACUGAUCGAUCGAUACUCCGGAGAAACCCAUCCGAAACGCGGACAGGUCGAAGAUCUCAACAUGGCAAUCAGUCACAUCAACAAAGCUGUGCAGGUCACGCCUGAAGGCCGCCCCGAUCGGGUCAAGUACCUGAACAACCAGGGAAAAUUCUACGGUCUCAAAUAUCGACAUUUUGAGAUGCUACAUUUGGACGACCUCGAGGUGGGUAUUAGGGCUGCCAAAAAAGCGGUUGAUGUCUGCCCCGGUGAUCAUCCUGACCGAGCUGCGGCUACAUUCAAUCUUGGGCGCUUGCUUUGGGACAGAUACUCCAAAGUCGGGGAGCCAGAUGACUUACAAAAUGCAAGGAAAAACUUCGCGUUAACUGUGGGUCACAAGCAAGCCCCGAUCAGCUUGCGCAUCGAUGCUGGUCGCCAAUUCCUUUCGACUCCAGAUGUCUUGAACGACAAACAGGAAGCUUACGACAUAGCAAAACAAACCAUUUCACUGGUUCCAGUGUCAGCACCGCUAUCAUUGCGCCCGGCAGAUAAACAGUAUCUCCUUACUCAAGCAGUCGGGCUAGCUUCAGAUGCUGCUGCAAUUGCAACAGAGGCUGGCCAAGGCCCGGCCGAGGCCCUCAAGUUGCUUGAGACUGGCCGAGGCAUCAUCGCCAGCUCCCUCCAGAAGAUCCGAACAGAUACAUCGGAGCUGCACCGCUCACAUCCCAAAAUGGCACAGGCUUUCAAUCAGCUUCGUAAUCUUAUGGAUGUAUCUAACACGAGCCAUGCUGGUUCCGACAAGUCUCUCAUUGCAGCAGACAGUCGUCACCUUGCCACUGCUCGGAUGGAAAAUCUGUUGUCGAAAAUCCAGCAACAGCCCGGUUUUGAAGGGUUUCUUGACACCAUGUCUGAGAAUCAGAUGCUUCAAGCGGGUUCUAGAGGCCCCGUUGUUGUUGUCAACGUUAGUCGAUUCAGCGUUACCUACGAAACCAUUGAGUCAAGGGCUCGUAAAGUCAGGCACCCUUCCGAUCUUACCUGGUUAUGGGAUGUCAUUGUUGGACCUGUUCUCCAGUACUUGGGCUUUGCGAGCACGCCGCACGCGGGAAAAUCUUGGCCGCAUGUUUGGUGGAUUCCGACCGGCCCGCUGGUUGGCUUUCCUCUCCACGCUGCCGGUCAUCACAUUGAUCGUCAAGGACAAACAGCGCUUGACAGGGUGAUAUCAUCCUAUAGUACAUCCGUUCAGGCCAUUCUCCAUGCUAGGAAGUCAAUGAACUACAACUCAGCCCAUCACAUUGCGGCCACAGAGCAAGAGAAGAGCGAAGGCAACUCUAGCUCAGAAUUCGUUCUCGUUUCCAUGCCGGCCACGCUAGGCUUACCACCAUUGGAGCACGCCACAAGCGAAAUUGAUACUGUGAAACUGGGCUGCCAGUCCAGAGGAAUCGGCUACACCCACGCGGCUGGAAAACACAAAGAUGUACUUGCCGCAUUGAAUAGUGGUUGCAAGGUGUUCCACUUUGCUGGACACGGCGAGACGCACUCCAUCGACCCUCUACAGAGUUGCUUGCUACUGGAAGACUGGAAGAACCAGCCCCUAACAGCUGGAAAUCUUUUGGAGAUAAAUCUCAAAGAAAAUUUUCCAUUUCUGGCCUACUUGUCGGCGUGUGGAACGAGUCAGAUCCGUGAUGAUAGGUCUGUCGACGAAAGCAUUCACCUGGCUGGCGCCUUCCAGCUUGCUGGCUUCCGACAUCAAAAUUGA